AUGGCCAUGGAAAUCCAGAGCGCGACUUCAACCUUUGCGGGCGUGAUCAACGGCCGCAGGGCCGGCACUGCCGCCGAUGCAGACCCGCAUAUCGUCGACCAGCUCAUCGCCGAACGCGGACAGACGCUGGUCAAGAGUCCCCUGUGGCCGGUGCUUCGCCCGGCGCUCUACAAGGUUCUGCACUACGACGAAGCCGUGCGCAUGGCCGAUGCCGUGGCUUCGAUGAGCGGGCUGGAUUGCUUCGGCCAUAUCAGCGAUCUUCUGAAGCUCGAUGUGCGCGUUCAGGGCAGCGGUCAUCUGCCGUCGGAAGGCGCGUUCAUUCUGGUUUCGAACCACCCGACGGGCAUCGCCGAUGGCGUGGCCGUCUACGACAUGCUCAAGAACAUUCGUCCCGACUUCAUGUUCUUUGCCAACCGCGACGCGAUCCGCGUCAACCAGCGGCUGGCCGAGAUCAUCAUUCCGGUCGAAUGGCGCGCCGACCAGAAGUCGCACGCCAAGAGCCGCGAAACGUUGGUGCAGACCAAUGGCGCCUUCAAGGAUGGCCGGGCCAUCGUCCUGUUCCCGUCCGGGCGCAUCGCCUACUGGUCGCACGGCGCGCUGCGGGAGCGGCCAUGGAUGGCCACCGGGAUCCAGAUGGCCAAACGCUAUCACGUGCCGAUCGUGCCGAUGCACAUGGAAGCGCGCAAUUCGUGGCUGUUCUACCUUUUGGCGCACCGCAACCCGGAAUUGCGCGACAUGACGGUCUUUCAUGAGCUGCUCAACAAGACCGGCAAGACCUUCUCGAUGACGCUCGGCGCGCCGAUUCAGCCGGAGACGCUCAACGGCGACGUACAGGACCUGACGGUCCAGCUGCAGGAUCAUUGCGAGCACACGCUCAAAGACGAUCCCGGUGCCGUUUUCUCAGCCUGA